UAGCAGCAUUGUAAGCUCCAUCUAGCCUCCUCGCAAGCGACCUCGGUUCGACACCAGCUGUCCGCAAUUUUUUUUCCCCAAUUUUCAUUUUUUCCGUUCUUCUUCUCCGUCGAGAAAGCCAUGGAUAACGACGAUCCCUCCGCCCGUCGCAGAAAGCGUAGGUUCAUUCCCAAAGCCCAACCUCGCAAGAACCGCGAACCAACUGUUCCCACUCCCGACGCCGACGCCGACGACGAUGACGGUCAAGAAACUCGUCGGGCCCAGACUCUGCUAAGUGAGUACAAAGAGAGAAGACGGGGGGCUAAACUCGAAAAGAAAUCUUCAGUGCAAGUUGCAUUUGGUCCCGGAGGAGCGGAUGCAUCCUCAACUUCUAUCAGAACAUUCGGAGCUGUAAAGGAUGCCGAUAGUGGCAAAAGCGGCAGCUUAGUUCUCAAAGGCUCUGAUGAGGAGCAAAGUCUCCCAACUUUUCCUUCAGCCUCUAAGGAAGCUGAAACGGAUGUAACUAUGGAAGAUGCUAUUGAUGCAGAACCACUUCAGAUUGUCAAGAAAAAUGAUAGAGAAUGUUGGGAUUAUGAGAAUACAUACUAUCCUACUACUCUCCCUCUCAGGCAACCCAACUCUGGAGACCCAGAAAUCCUUAAUGCUAACGAAUUUGGGGAGGAUGCUGAAAAAGAGUAUGAUGAGAGCACGAUAAAUCCUGCUUCAAAACUCGGGCUGCUGGAGGAAAAAGUGAAAGCGAAGUUGUUAUUCGUUCAACUUCCUUCCAUUUUGCCAUUGACGUCAAAGCCAUCAGCUACUGCAAAGGGCAAAGAGAAAGUUGGAAGCUCAAAAUCACUGGAGAGCUCAGGUGCUCCAAAGAAGGAAGGUAGUUUGGAAGAGUUGCCAGCCGGAUUUAUGGGUAAAAUGCUGGUUUACAAGAGCGGAGCAAUCAAGCUGAGGCUAGGAGAUACCCUCUAUGAUGUUUCACCUGGUUCAGAUAGCAUGUCUGCUCAAGAUGUUGUGGUAGCCAACACUGCAGAGAAGAAAUGCAUCGUUCUUGGAGAGCUGCGCCAGCGAGCUGUUGUAACUCCUGAUGUGGAUUCCCUCCUAAAUGUGAUUAGCAUCGAUUGAAUGCAGGGAUGUUACCAAAAUCGUGCAUAUUGAGGUGUAAAUGGGGGAAUUAUGCACAUGAGAAAGCUGAAAUGGUAGAUAUGUAGAGGAAAAUCUUGAGAGUAAAUAUGAUGCUAGAAUUACUAAUGCGGUUAAACUGUUUUAUGUUUGCAAUUUUGUUUAGUGAAUCCAUCUCUUUCAAGGAUAA